UCAGUUUGCUUCACACCACACAGGGCAUAAGCUCUGUAGCCUUGGCUAUAGAAGUGAUUUCUAGAUAUAGCCAGUCAGCUUGAUUCUUGGAGAACGCAGAGCGACACAGAGUGACGGUAUCAGUCUUUGGCACAGCGGCCGGCUAUAAACAGAACGUAUUUCCAUGCUGGAUUUCGUGGCCUGAAUUUGCUUCCAGUUUAAAAGACAGCAGAAAGCAUAAGGCAAAAAAACAAACAAAAAAAACAAGAUAGAAAAUGUCAGAGGCUAAACAGGCCUUUGUGACACUGGCUACUAGUGACGCCUACAGCAUGGGGAGUCUAGUGGUGGGCAAGUGCUUGCGAAGGCAUGGAACAACUCGAAAACUGGUGGUUAUGGUUUCUCCCAACAUUAGCAGAGAGACAUGUUUGUCUUUGGAAGACGUGUUUGAUGAGGUUAUAGUGGUGGACAUGUUGGACAGCAGGGACAGGACUCAUCUCUUCUGGCUAGGACGUCCAGACCUGGGCGUCACAUUUACCAAGCUUCACUGCUGGACGCUUAUACAGUACACCAAAUGUGUGUUCCUGGAUGCUGAUACACUUGUGCUGUGUAAUGUGGAUGAGUUGUUUGAGCGAGAGGAGCUCUCGGCGGCUCCAGAUCCAGGUUGGCCCGACUGCUUCAACUCUGGCGUGUUUGUAUUCAGACCGUCACUGGAGACCCACUCACGCCUGCUGGAUCACGGCAGGAUGUGUGGCAGCUUUGAUGGAGGUGACCAGGGAAUUUUAAACACGUUUUUCAGUGACUGGGCAAUAAACGACAUCAAUAAGCAUCUACCGUUCAUUUACAACCUCAGUGUCAAUGCAAUCUACACUUAUUUACCAGCUUUCCACAAGUAUGGCCAUCAAGCAAGGAUCGUCCACUUCUUGGGAAAGAACAAGCCUUGGCAUGUUUCACACAAGCAGCAACCGUCCACUGAUGUUGCUCAGUGGGAUUCCAACAGGAACUUGGAGAAAUUUGUUAAUCUAUGGUGGGCAGAGUACUACAGUCACACAAAAACACGUGUAAAUGUGUCUUAUGAGCUCCAGGAUGCUGAACCGGUUGAGCAGCUGGAAAUGUUAGCGGACGCACCGUGUUUCACCCAUGUAGCCACUUUGCCUCAUAGGUCACCACCCUCUGCAACAUCACCCACCGCUCCUCCUCAUCCUCACCGUUGUGAAUCAGUCUCUCAGGCUGAGGAGAGAGAAGAGAAAAUACCUAGUGAAUCACUCGGGAAGCUGACGUUGAAUGCGGCAAGCUCAAGUACAUGUCAUCAGCUGGAGGAGACGUGCUCUAAUCCUGAUAUGGUAUCUGCUGCUGAUCCUGAAGAUCUGGAAAAAUCUGAGUAUCAGGAACCACCAGCUGAACAAAAACAGGAAGAAGAAGUCUCAGGAGCAGAAUGUGUCCUCAUGGAAGCCUCAUCAGACACUGCCAGACUGGAGGCUUUAAAAGAGAAUUUGGAGCAUCGGAAGAGAUGGGAAGAGGGUCAGAUUGAUUACCUGGGAAAAGAUGCCUUCGAAAACAUCCGGCUAAAACUCGACCAAUUUCUCAGUUAACACUUUUUAUGAGUGUGAGUGAAUAAGUCCAUUAUUGUUUCACUAUGUCUACCUCUAUUAUAUCAUCUCGAUAGCUAAUCAAAAGGGCUCAUGAGUGGCACAAGGAAAAAAAGCUUUGUAUUGAGUUUGUGAGUUUGAAUGCCAUCAGUGCCACAGUGUCUGUGAACCAGGAAUGAAUAGAGCAAAAUUGGCCAUGCUCUUUAAAUGGAAGGGAUAAGAUACUUUCUCUCCUCUGUCAGUCAGAGUGACACCAGCCAAUCAUAGGUGUUUGUGAUCUCAUGUCUGUGGAAGAAGGCAGAUUGCAUUGUGUUAUGGUGCUUUAUGUAACAGCAUGAGCAGCAGUUUGAACUGAUCUAGCUAUCAUACAAUAUAGUGGAGUUAGCUACAGUAGUGGGUAGGAAUUGGCAGAUGAACAAUUUAGUUCAAUUCAGUUUAUUUGUAUAGUGAUUUUAACACGUCAAAGCAGCUUUACAGAAGUAUAGAAACAGAAUAAAAAAGUAAAAGUUACUAUAUAUCUCUAAUGAGCAAAACUGAGGUGACGGAAGUCUCAGAAGUGAAACUCAUCCUCAGUUGGGUGUAAAUGUAAAUAAUGACCUUUGUACAACAGUUUAUAGUCCAGUGGAAUUGUGCACCUAAGGAGCUAAUAGGUCAGGAUAAUUUCUGAGUCCAUUACAGACUUAACACUGAUUCAUUCCUGCUAAAUUGGGGUAGAGGGCAGGACCCUACUGUUGCAAAUAAAAAAAAAAAGGGAAACAUUUGUUUUUUUACUUUAUCUGAUAUAGAUUUAGUGGAUUUAAUAUAAUCCAACUGCUCAUUAAAUCAGAAAUACUAAAAUACUGAUAGAUGUUCUAUUUCAGUUUAUUACGUUAUGUUCCUGUGAGAUUUAGAGGUCCACAAUCAGAGUGCUUGUGCUUGAGUGCUUAACAUCAGAUGGACUCAAAUUCAUCAUUUUCUUAGCACUUAUUAUACAGGUUAGAUGAAAUAUUAUAUAUUGGAAAAGAAUUUUCUAUGAAGCACUGAUAAAAUGGACCUUAUUUGUACACUAGGAGGAGCUCUUUCUGCAAUUUACGCCUUCCAGACAGAUUGGAGGAUUGCUUAUUAGGAGUCAGAUGUAUUUAAAAUAAAAGCAUGCACUGUGGAUGGUAACAGUAGUGCUUCUGUUUACUUCUGCAUGGUGGUGGUUUGCAGUUAAUGACAGUCAUAACUACAUCCUCAUGCUGCUGCCUAUUUGCUAAGUUAACAACACACUCGCUUGUCUUCCUGUAUGAACUCUGCAGACUUUAACAGAUGCUACCUAUAAACAUCCUGACUGAACUUUGAUAUUCUUCCAAGAUGGAGGCAUAUUUUUUGUUCAUUUGGAUGCGUCCCUUGUUUUAGAUUAUAAAUAGUAUUUUGCCCUUAAUAUAACUAAAUCAUUUUCUGUUGAUCCUGGGUGUGGAUGUCAUUCCUAAUUUCAUUUCAUUUAGAGCCCCACAAGCUUUAAACUGCAUGUUUAAGAAAGGAGUGCUAUGUUUUUAUUUCAGCAUAAUCUCUCUCUCUCUCUCUCUCUCUCUCUCUCUCUCUCUCUCUCUCUCUCUCUCUCUCUCUCUCUCUCUCUCUCUCUCUCUCUCUCUCUCUCUCUCUCUCUCUCUCUCUCUCUCUCUCUCUCUCACACACACACACACACACACGCAUGCACGCACGCACGCAUGCACACACACACACACACACACACACACACACACACACACACACACACGUUAAAUUUUCAAAGCUGAUUGGUCACAAGGUGUAACAGCAGCUUAGGCAGUUAUUCUGUCUGAAUUUUUAAAUCACAGCUUUAUAAGUAUUAAUACUGAUAUGUUAGAGCCAAAGAACAUUCACAGCGGAUGAGCUACAUAAUUUAAUGCUACAAAUUUGUGGAUGAAAAACCCUGAAUAAAUAAAUAUGUAAAAUUGUUGAUAUACAGCUUUCCGGAAGGAUAUAUUUACAUUUUUUUUAAUCUAACUAUAUAUAUGGAUGAAGUGUGAAGUGUAAGUGUGUUUGCGAUAUGAAAAAGUCAUUUAGGAUGGACAACGAUUAAAAUAUGUUGGAUAUUUAUAGGUAAAUAAUCAAAUUCAAUGUCAUAACAGAAACUCACACAACCUUGUUUUCUUUUACAUAUUUUUUUUUAUUUAUUUUGCAUUUACUCCAUAUUUCAAGAUAUUAUACCACCAGGAUAACUCGAUAUUAAGUUUAAAUGUUAAAAAACAAACAAGUUAUUUCAUUGAAAUACUUUGAGAUAUGUGGAAAUAAUGACAAAGUAAUUCCAAACUGACCUGAAACUGUUUUCUUUUAGCAUGUGUGAUUAUUACUUACUGAUGAUAUCCAAAACAUUUUUUGAUACUUAUCUUGUUUGACUUUAUUUAAAGGUUUGGUUUGGUUUGGUAUUUUCAUAAAUCUCCAUUGACUAUAUAAAUAAUCACUGAAAACAAAACACUCAGUCAAAACAUAGGAAAUAGCCCAAGUCAUUAUCAUUUAUGUAAGUUCUAGUUUGUUUGUAGCGGCAAUAAAUCGAAGCUGUUUGUCCCUGUUGUAAAUAUUUAGGCAUGAAUAUUAUUCACCGGAUUUCCCUGACAUUGUAUGUCUGUCACAUACAAGGCUAUGAAAAGUUUGCCUACUAUGACCUGUGUACUUUUACACCCUACAACAUCUGCCACUCAAUAUAUUUCUAUAUUUCUUCUUCAUCACUCAUUGUGACAUUUUCCUAAUCCUGGAAGAAUAAAAAUCCAGACAGUGCAAGCUGUCAGAAACGCAAGUGUUUCAAAAUACACUUGAUGUGCUAUGAUAAGAUCAUAGUCAUGCUUUGAAAACUAGAUGCUCGGUGAAAAAAAAACAGAAACACUGAAGAGGACAGCAGAUGUCAAUUUGGUAAAGGAGUCCCGGGAGAUUAACAUCUGUCCAGCAUGCUCUCUGAUAUCCACAUGUACAUUACAAAUGUCCAAUCCCUCAGGGCUGGGAUCAGGUUUCAGGGACAGAAGUUUAGUGACCUAAAAUCAUAAAUCCUCCUCUGGGCUAAUUAUCUGAAAAAUUAUACAAUAAUCUUAAGGAUAUUACGAGUACAGUAACUGUAUUAAUUAUUAUUGUUAUUUUUCAAGUCAGAUUCUUUCAUGAGAUCAUGAGAUUGUGUUUUCUUUUCUUGAGUUACUCAGUCAAUCAAGACUCCUGCUUCCGUUAACCUGCAAUGUCUAUGUCAUAAUUAUUGGCACCCUGAAUGAAUGAAUACAUGUAAAGUGUGAUAUUUUGAGAUUAAAAUUGCUGUAUGUUUUCUUUUAUUUUCCCCUUUUAAAAGAGAUGGCUAGAUAAUUAAAAUG